UUGCUGUGGAUUGGUUGAAAUCAUCCAAUGCGUGUGAGCGCCCCCUGGUGUUGCUGUUAUCAGCUCUGUGACUUAGGUAGCGUGUGCGCUGGGAGGCGUGUGCGUUUGUAUGUAUACGCGGCCUUUUCCACGCAAGGACGGACGUGUGUCUUUUUCUAGCGAGAAAACUCAAUCAUUAUAGUUGUUGUAUACCUAAACAGCAGCCCUGCCCCGACGCGGCCCAACCCCAAGCGGAGCUGUCAUGUGGCAGGAGGCCCGCAAACAUGAGCGAAAGCUGCGUGGGAUGAUGGUGGACUACAAGCGUCGUGGGGAGCGACGCAGAGAGUACUAUGAGAAAAUUAAAAAAGAUCCGGCCCAGUUCCUGCAGGUUCAUGGUCGGGCGUACAAAAUCCACCUAGACUCAGCUGUAGCCCUGGCAGCUGAGAGUCCCAUAAACAUGAUGCCUUGGCAAGGAGAUACCAACAACAUGAUUGAUAGGUUUGAUGUCAGGGCACACCUGGACUACAUACCGACUUAUACACCGCCUCUCCUGAACACAACCACCCCAGAGCAGGAAUCUGAAGAGAGGAAGUGCAAUUAUGAGCGCUAUAGAGGUCUGGUGCAGAAUGACUUUGCAAGCAUCUCCGAGGAGCAGUGUUUGUACCAGAUAUAUGUGGAUGAGCUCUAUGGUGGCCUGUCGAAACCGAAUGAGGAUGAAAAGAAAAAACUUGCUGAGAAGAAAGCCCAGAUCGGGUAUACAUAUGAGGACAGCACAGUGACAGAACCAGAUGCGAACGCAGAGAAGGAAGACGAGGAUGAUUCUGAAAACAGCGAGUCUGAGGAAGAUGAGGUCAUCCCUGACAUCGAUGUUGAGGUGGAUGUAGAUGAACUGAACCCAGAACAGGUCACGGAUAUUAACAAGAUGGCCACUACUUAUGGCAUGGCAGAGGGGGAUUUUGUUGGGAUGUUGCGGAAGGACAAGGAGGAAGUGGAGGCCAUUAAACAUGCUAAAGCUCUAGAGGCAGAGAAGGCCAUGUACUCUGGCCGGCGUUCUCGGAGACAGCGGCGAGAGUUUAGAGAGAAGUAUAUGAAAGGCAGACAGAUCAGCCCACCCAGCUAUGCUCGAAGAGACAGUCCCACAUACGACCCUUACAAGAGGCCACAGUCAGACUCAAGUUCAGAGUCCCACUCUCGAUCCCGAUCCCCAGGCAAUGAUAAAAUCACCUUUAUCACUAGCUUUGGUGGCAGUGAUGAGGAGGGAGCUGCACCCACACAAGCCGUGCCUGCAGCGGCAUCAAGCAACACCUCCUCCAACACCGCAGGUCAUAGCAGGGGCUCCCGCCGAAGACGCUCAUCCUCCAGUCACUCCUCCUAUUCAUCCCGCUCCUCAUCACGCCGUUCCUCUCGCUCCUCUUCACGUUCUCGAAGAAGUCGGCGUUCUCGUGGGGGCAGGGACCGGGACAGCCGUUAUUCACGGUCUCGGUCACGCUCCCGUCGGCGGUCUGAAUCACGUUCACGUCAUCGCAGUGGAGGAGGAAGCUCGAGGAGACGUUAUGACAGGACGCGGUCUCGUUCCACAGAUCGGGACAAGGGUAAAGAUAGAAACCGGGAAAGAGAUAGAGAUCGGGAUAGAGGGAGGCGCUACACAGCCCGCAGACGGACAAGAUCUCGCUCACGAUCGCAGUCAGGUGAUCGUUACCAGCGAAGGAGUCGCAGCACUGCAUACAGGAGGGGCGGCAGUGUUAGUCAAAGCCCCUCCCGCUCACCUGCUGCAAGCCGUAGCUCCUCCCCUUCCUCCCGUUGUGCUCUGCCUACCUCUGCUCCCGCUGACAAGCUGAAAAAAUCUGAACCUCCGGGUGGUAAAGAGACUGGAGCUGCCAAAUCAGCGUGUCCGUUGCAGCCCAAGAUGACUCCGCAGGAAAAGCUCAAGAUUCGAAUGCAAAAGGCCCUAAACAAGCAAUCCCUUUUCCCUGCCUCACCUUUAUGGUUUCACCCUUCCUCAGCCAAGGCGGAUAAAAGAGCAGCGCAGGCCAAGAUCCAGCAACAGGAGAACAAGCGACAGGAACGAGAAGGAGUUUUACGAGCAAUGGCACGGAAAAUUCGCAUAAAGGAGAGGGAACGCCGGGAGAAAGAGCGUGAUGAAUGGGAGAAGCAGUAUGGACGUCAGAGUCACUCGCCCUCACCCAACACCAAACACAGUCGGGACCACAGCUCAUCCAAAAGGAGAUCCCGUUCAAGAUCAAGAAGCCCUCAUCACCGGUACUAAAGAAAUGAUCAGUCAGCACAAGAGGGAGAAAUGUCAAACAAAUGGUUUAGGAGUGAAGGCUAAUCAGGAUGGCUAUAUUAAGUUUGGGGAACUUGACAGUAAUUCAAAUAAUUUCACUAAUGUCAGCUUUCCUUUCGUCUGAGGAGCACACUGUAAACAAUGAAACUAACAAAUAAUCUAUUGCUAAAAUCUGUAAAUUAGCAUUAUCACGCUCGGACACACUUUUAUUCCUCAUACGGUCACAACAACAUAACCGGAUUGCCAUGAAAAGGAAUGCUUCGAUAACAUGUAUUUGAAGAGAUCUCUCUAGAAACUGCCCCGUAUGGACAUUUUUGACAUGAAAUUUGUGUCCUAUUCAAAAUGCUCAUCCCAUCAUUGUACAUAAUCCCUUCAGUUAAGAUUGUGAUAACACUUGACAAAACAUGCUGAUGUUAAAUCCUCAUCUUUUCCAAUUAUUAAAAGAUGUUAAUGUCA